AUAUCAAGAGAAGUACCACCCGCCUCAGAUUACUGAGUGCGUGUGCGCGCGUACGAGAGGGAGAGUAAAAGCUUUGCACUUCCAGAAAGAAGACUGGAAAGCUCACGCAGCCUCUCCGCUUGCUUCAUUGCUUGCUUGCUUGCUGACUCUUCCAGCUCUUCCAGAACAGAACCGAGGGAAGCAAAGUUGUAAAAAAAAAAAGAAAAGAAAAGAAAGAGAAGACAAGCUGUCAUCAUGGACGUGAUAAGAAGACUGGGACAUGCGUCUUUUGCGUGCACCUUGCUGCUCUGCGCAUUGCAACUGUGUUGCGCAUCUGUGAACGUGAACGUGGCCCCGAAAGUGGAAGUGUUGAAAGAUGAGAACGCCAAGCUGCCCUGCACCUACAAAAUGUCACCGACAUCCAGCAACACCAUUGUGGAGUGGCAUAUCGAGGAUCAGGGAAUCAGGAAGCGCGUCGCUUACCGCACUCUGGGCGGCGAGGCUAAAAGCGAGAAGGGCACCCAACUGAGCGGCCGGGUGAGCAUCGACGAGGACUUCACCUUGACCAUCACAUCGGUCCAACCCUCUGAUGAGCUCACCUUCCUCUGCUUGGUCAACGGCGGAACCGCUGGUGCCGGAGAAGCCUUGACUAUGCUCAAAGUCUUCUUUGCUCCUGAGAAGCCAGAUCUCACGCGGCCAUCCAGUCAGGCCAUUUCCGUUGGAGAGACCACCAGCUCAGAGAUCGGUGCCUGCGUGACCAUGAACGGACACCCCCUGCCAAGGAUCAUCUGGUUCAAAGAUGGCCAGCCCCUUGCUGAGGUCAAAGACAGGAAAGAAAAGACCUACAUGAUUCCCUCGGUGGUGAAGGAGGCGUCGGGUCUGUACACCAUCAAGAGCACCCUGUACAUGCAGCCCACCAAGGCCGACAAGGACUCAGUGUUCCAGUGCACGGUGGAGUACAGUAUGCUGGGAGACCAGAUCAAACAGAAGAAGUCCGACUCCAUCACCAUCAACCUCAACUAUCCCUCAGAGACGGCGACCUUUACACUCCUCAACACUGAUCCCAUCAAAGAGGGCGAUAACGUCACUAUGAAGUGCGAGACCGACGGCAACCCUCAGCCGGAGUUUGACUUUACCAAAGAUGGCAAAUCCGUGAGCGGUGUUGGUGGUCUUCUGAUGUUGAAGUCCGCCAAGCGCACCGACGCCGGUGUGUACACGUGCACGGCCACAGAUUUCGACAACAUCGAUGCCGACCUGAGGGGAGAGAUCACACUCAAUGUGCACUACAUUGAUCCCAUGACUGUGACUCCAGUGGAGCCUCAGGUUGUCAUGCUUGGAGACAAGGUGGAGUGGCAGUGUAAGACCAAGGCCUCUGCCCUGCACACCGUGCAGUGGAAAAAGGGAUCCGAGGUUCUUUCUCAGGAUGGAACCCUCUCGAUACAAGACGUGGCAUACAGCCAAGGCGGAGAGUACAUGUGUGUCGGAGCCGUGCCGUCAGUGCCGAGACUGACAGCCCAAACGAGAGUCAUGCUCACCAUCCAAGGAAAACCAAUGAUCGAGAUACCUGUGGCUGCUGAGGUGUCCAAGGAAGGAGACAUGGUGUCCCUGAGGUGCUCGGCCUAUGGAUCCCCCGCCCCUCAGUUCACCUGGAAGCCCUCAGGAAAACAGUCAGUGACGGUGGAAGGCAACAAGGUGGUGAGCACCGUCAUCCUGCCGGCCACCGCCGAGGUCAUGAAGGGCGGCGUGACCUGCGAGGUCGCCAACGAACACGGAGCAGAUAGCAAGACCUUCGUCGUAUCUCUCAAAAGAGCUAUUGACAACUCCGCCAACAGAGUGCUGCUCUCUGGAAACCCUGUGCUUAAGUCAGCUGACGAGCAGCAGGGAGGUUCCAGCGGGGUGGUGAUAGCCGUGGUGGUGUGUGUGCUGCUGCUUCUGCUGCUGGUGGCGCUCAUCUACUUCCUGAACAAGAAGAGCAAGUUGCCCUGCAGCAAAAAGGACAAGAAGGAAGUGGCCGGUGGAGAAGUGAACAAUGACAUCGUAGUGGAGAUGAAGACAGACAAGGCUAAUGAAGAAGCCGGGCUCCUCAACAAGAGGUCACCCUCAGAACAGUGAUGAAAGAAGACUUGACUGAGUGAUGAAGGGCAGGAGUCAUGAAGAAAAAACAACAGGACUGAUCUCUAUUGGCUUGAGAGGACAUGGGGACGUGUGGAGAUGGGUUUGAUUCAGGGGACUUUGGGGGGCUGUGCGUGUUUUAUCACCUGGCGUAGACCUAUUGGGUGCAGGUUGUCCAAAAAGACACCCUAAAAGGCACACGUGACAUGACUGAAUGAAGCUCAUAUUUAACCAAUCACAUCUUUUGGGUGACUCACCCUGACCUGGCAGAGUAGUGCAGUCAUACACCUCCUAAAAAAAAGGAGUGCUUUCUAAUCGACGCCAAAUGCAACCACUAUGUAGUAUGGAAUGUGUGCUGCUACUAUUUUGCCUAAGGGUCUGCACUUAAAUCAUCUGUUUGUGUGUAUUUGGGGGAUAAAUCAUUCCGCCUUUUUCAUGACUUUUCAUCACUUUGGGCUUCUAAUCAUCAAUUUCUGUUCUGCUUCAGCAGUGUUUGAUGACAUCAUGUCUUCCUGCGUAUGCUACAUGGACAAAAGUACUGGGACAGCUAGCUACAUACACCCCCUGGACGAUGAAAAUAUACCUAAUAUGUCCCCCUAUCCUGGACCCCCCUGCAUUGGGAGUUUUGAGUCAAGUUCUUCCACACCAAACCUAUCCAGCCACUCAUCCGUGGGCCUUCCGUAAACUGUCGGAAGCAUAGAAUUGUCCAUAAUGUACAUUAGAAGGAUGACAGUUUACACAGUAUGGCGUCCCUUGAUAGAUUAAUGAAUGGAUAAAGGGGUGUGUCCCAAUACUUUUGUUCCCACAGUGCAGGUUUUCCCAACCAUAAUCAGCUCAAGAACUGUCUACACCUCAGCUUUGUCAUAUUGGGACAGAGCAAAUAGUUGUAUCAGCGCCAUACCGUACAUUUAACAUUACAACUCAUCAUUUUUUGUCUUUUCAAUCUGGCCCUUGUCAUAUUCUGAUGUUUAGAUGUAUUUUUUGUCCCCCCAAAAAAGCUGCACAGCCCCAAAUGGCCCCUGGGCAGGACACCCCUGCCGUAGACACCUCAUGUGUGUAAUCAUGUCAAACUUUUUUUAAGCCAUUUGGGUCAAAUUCGUCAUUUCCAGCAUACUCGUUUUUUAUAUCCAUAUCAUUUUGGUAUGUCCACCGUAUGUCCUAUUUUCCUUUAUCUAAGUCCAAAAUUACAAAAGUCUCGCUAAGGAUCUUCGUUCAUGUGUUCAUGUGUCAAACGUUCAUAAUUAUCUGGUUCGGUUAAAAUAUAUACUUUGGUGCAUUUUCUCCGCUAGUGCGUUUUGUUUGCUGAAGUGUGAACGCGAUCAUCCAAACCUCGGUGUGCGCUAAACAAGCAGACCACCCCUGGUGCAGUUCAGAUCACUUGAGCUCAAAAUGUAACGCUUUUAGUCAGUCUGUGGCUGACACGGCAGCUACAAUCUCCAAGCAAGACAUGAUUAGUGUCCUAAUUAAACACAUACGACAUUGCGCAAUCCACACAGGUAUCCUACCAUUAUAGUUGCACAUUACUUACAGACACAUUGUCCAAGGCAGAAGCGUAUUAAGUAUAAGUAGUCCAUUACAAAAAGCGAUUGGUAUGCUCUGUAUCAUUAAAUUCAUGUGCCAAAAAAACAAACCACCACCCCACUUUAAAUUAAAGGCAGCACAUGUUAAUAUAUAUAUAUAUUUUAAUAUAAGUUGCACCUGAUUAUAAGUUCCAGGACCAACCAAAUUAUGAAAACAGUGUGACUUAUAGUUUGGAGAAUACGGUAAGAGAAAAUGGGUUGAAGUGCUGUCUCUCUGCUUUCCUCUAUUCUGCUCUGUCCCUCUGUAUGUGAGAAGAGCGCUCUUUAAAAUUAUACUUUGGAAGCUUUUUGUUAAAUUUAAGCCAAGUAAAUAGAGCAACAUGUACAAAUAACCGACGUAUUCAACCCAGCAGCCGGAAUGUUAGCGUUAUGUCACGCAACAUGUCACAAAGGCUGCCCAAUCACGUCCUUACUUUAUGCAUACUGUAUGAUCUUCAGGGCACAGCAUUGGAUUCCAUAGCAUAAGUAUGCUAGAAAAGUGUGCCACACCUGCGAGCUCGCUCUAAUGGAAGCUUUUUUUCCCCUAUCAGAAUGGAACGAAACCGUUCAAAAGCCCCAAUUUCCUUCCAGCGAGCUAUCAAGGCAAAAUAGGUGAAAUUGAGGCUUAGAGGAGAGGAAAAUGAUGGACAUUCUUCUUUAUAACAAUUAAAGGGCUUGGUAGUUAUAUGAAGAAGUCAGAGAGGGAAGGGAACAUUUUUUGUUUGUUUUUUUCUUGCUGGAGUUUGUCAUGUUUUUUUUUUUUAUUUGAAAUAUCACUGCAGCAAGUUGGGGAAAGGGUGUGGGUCUGAUUUUUUGGUACUAAUGCUUGCCAGUAGCGGCUUGACGUGGCCUUUACCUUUUGCUGUACACUGGAAUGAAUGGCCUUGAGUUGAAAUAAAAAACAUGAAAAUAAAAAUAAAUGAAACAAAAGGUCACCUCAAACCACUAUCUGAGGCUUGUUUUGUAUUUCAAUGUGUGUCUCUACUGAUCUUGCCUCAAAACCUAUUAACUGUUAGCCAACCUGUCCCAGCAGGCUUAAACUGGGAAUUUUUUUUUGUUUGAUUCAAUGUUUUACAGCAGGAGUGGGAAACCUGCGGCUCUGGGCCAUAUGCAGCCCGCCAGUGCGUUUGAUUCGGCCCGCCAUGCAUAAAAAAAAAAACCUGUUAAAAGAAAGUCUAAACACAAUAAACCCAGAAAUGCUCACAAUAUAAAACAACAAUACACACUUGUUUGACUGGUGCAUCAUUUUGCAUACAAUUAGCAAGCUCCUCAGAAGACUGAUAAGCAAAAGGUUCCCCACCCCUGUUUUAUUAUAAAUAUUUAAAAAAUGUGUCAAGUUUGGAACUACUGAGUUGUCGUUUUUCAGCGAGCAGAAUUUUUUAAAGGAUUAUUUUUUUCAUGCUUUACUUCCUCUACUGUAAACUGUAUAUUUUGUGGUACGCUCUUGUGGUGUGUUGAUGUAUCUUUUUUAUUAUUAUUAUUUUGUUCCAGCUGUGUAGAAUUUAUAAUGAAAAACAGGAAAAAAAAAACAUACAGCAUUGUUUGUUUUGUGAUUUUAUUCUUUUAUUUCUAAAGUUGUUGGAAGUCAUGCAAAAAAAGGAAAAGGUUAAUUUUUAUUCAUAGAAUUGGCAUCUUUUAGCUAAAAAAAAACACACACAAACAUUUUUGAGGAAUUUUUUGGAAAAAAAAAUUAAUAAUGAAAAAGAAUAUAUUUUACAUUGUUCACAUCUGUGACGAUUUAAGGAAACAACCUCUG